CUGCUGCUGCUACUGAGCGAGAGGAAGACAAACACCGCGGAACACACGGCAGGCUGCUAGCUGAGAGGGCAGCAUGGCGGGGCUUCAGGACUUCCAACAAGGCAGCCACUGUCACAGGAAAACGUGGAUCAAUAUACUACUCGGAAUACUACAGUUACUUUUGCCCUGCGUGCAGCACGGAGGGGCGCAGCUGCAAGCUCUGAGUCAGAUGUCCACCAGCGUGGUCGAAGUCUGGCAAGCGGAGGACGCAGACCCCUUAGCCCAACUUCAGGUGGAGAAGGAACGAAGAAAAGAUGUUCUGCCACUAGAAGACGGCUCUUCUCUAUAUGCUCGGGAGAACGGGGGUCCGUUGCAUUUUCAGCCCCCAGCGUUGCAGUUUGGGACGCAGCGUCUGGGGCUGGCAAGAGCUGAAACCGUAUACAUACACAACCCCAGCCAGGACGUUCCUGUGACACUGCUGUCGAUGUUUACGUCCAGCAGGCAGUUUUACAUACCUUUCUUUCACAGAAGAGUGAUUCCACCCAGAGGAAAGGCAUCUUUUAAAGUAAUUUUCCUACCGUCUGAGGAGGGCAAUUUAGAAAACACAUUAUUUAUAAACACAUCGGCCCAUGGGCUACUGUCAUACCAGGUUUUUGGUGUGGGAGUUCAGCCGGGUUCAUUAAAGUCUGUCCAAAGAACAGAUAGUCUGCUAGUAUUCCCUCACAUCCAAAGCAUUAAGCUGACCCAAACUCAGGAAGAUGCGUCUAACAUCACUAUACUGGGUCUACUCCUGGAGUGCACCUUACCCAAGAGUUUGUUCAACAACCCUCAGGGGUCCAGCCUCCAGAGAGAAGAGCGCCUCAGUCUGCAGAUUAAUCUGUCCGUGCAAGGUGACCGGCCCACUGACCUGGACAAGCUCAAGCCUUACGUCAUUGAGCACCUUUUGGUGCUGCUGAUGGCCCCCACUGCUGGAGAGGCUGCAGUCGGGGAACCAAAAAUAGGAGUUUAUAUGUUAAAUUCUGGAGUCAAGAAGCUCUGUGUAAAGGACAUGCAGGUGCAAUCAAAAGUGGAGGCCAAUCUGGAAUUCAACCAGGUUCUUCUGAGACAAGAGGCAAAAAACUUCACUGAAGUGGCAACGCUUACAUGUGGAGGUUCGGGCCACGGAGGGAAAUGCAUGAAUCAUAUCAGUUUAAAAAUUCUGGGAAACCAGACAACUUACAGCUUCCCUGGACUGCAUAUCACACGCAGGAACAACACUGGGGAUUUGUUCAGCCUGUUCCAGGUGAAACAAAGAGAUUCGGAGCAGGUGGAUCUGUGGCUGACGAGCUCCCUCCUCUUACCCGUCACUGUGAUGAAUGUCAGCCUCUCCCAGAACCUGCAGGGAGUAAUGAAGGUGAUGAACUUCAGCGCUCCGCUGACGGUUCCCCAGGGCUGCUGGCACAUCCUCUCCCUGCAGCUGCUCAGCAGAGCGCUGCCUGUCAACCAGGUGUUCACCCUGAGUCUGGACACCAGCCUGGGCACAGCCCUGCACAUCCCCCUUUACUUCCACUCUUCUCCUUUGAAGGGGGAGGUGAUGUUUGACGGGGAGCCUGAGUGGGGACGACCUUGUCCUCUCAGAUUGUCUGAAACAGGGCGGUCAGAGUGGCAGCGUACCCUCCUGCCCGACUUCUCCCCCUCGUCUUGGUCCAUAGACAGCAGGCUGGCUGCUGAGCUCUGCUCUCGCUGGCAGAGCCACAAAGACCAGCUGUCCUGCAGGUGGCCCAGACUCCCCGUGGAGACUUCCUUUCCUCUGGACUUUGGUGCGACACCUGUCAAUGAGAGCAAGGUGAAGACGUUCAUGCUGAAGAACCCUUCUUCUUCGGUGGUUUCCGUAGAGAUUCGUCUCCUCUCCCUGUACCCGGCCCCCCUGGAGGCUCUGGACCUCCUAACCAAAUGGUUUAAUAUCAGCCCCCUUUCUUUCAACAUCAGCACCAGAGAGUUUUCUCUCUUGGCCUCUCCCCCCAAAGCGGGGGGAAAUGUGAAGGCCUUGAGGGGACAGGGUGUCCUGCGCUUGCUGCUGCAGCCCUGGGAGGCCAGAGAAGUUGCCGUGGUCUUUACUCCCUCUGAGCACAAACCCACCACCACCAUUCUCGUCAUCAGGAACAACCUGACGGUGUUUGACAUGAUGACGGUGCGGGGCCACGGAGCCAAAGAGCUGCUGAGAAUUGGAGGAAAGCUGCCCGGCCCCGGAGGCUCGCUGCGCUUCAACGUCCCUCAGUCCACCCUGAUGGAAUGCCGCGACGGUCUGCGCACCAACAAGCCGCUUUUCGCCAUCAGAAAGAGCUUCAGGGUGGAGAAUGCAGGAGAGCUUCCCCUCACAGUCAUGUCGAUGAAUAUUAACGGAUACAAGUGUCAGGGCUUUGGCUUUGAGGUGUUGCAGUGUCGACCCUUCAGCCUGGACCACAACACCUCCUCUGAGAUCACCAUUGCCUUCACCCCAGACUUCACCUCGUCCUGGGUGAUCCGGGACCUCACGCUGGUGACAUCACGAGGCACCCACUUCCCUUUCACUCUCAACGUGACGCUGCCCCACCACAUGCUGCCUCUCUGCGCUCAGGUGGUUCCUGGACCCAGCUGGGAGGAAACCUUCUGGAUGGUCACCCUCAUCUUCACAUGCUUCUCCCUGUUUGGUGUGUGUCUGAUGGCCUUCCAUCAGGCCCAGUAUAUCCUGACUGAGUUUUCCACACCCACAAUCAGGAGCAACCACAACUCUGUCCUGUCCCGGGAAAACGGCCCAGUCAAUAACAUGGCGCCCAACGGAGUAAAUAAAGCAAAGGGCAGCUGUAAGAGCUACGUGGACGUAUGUCACAGCUCCGACAAAGGGAAAGGGCGUGGCUCUCCGGCCGUGGCCAACAUUCCCACCCCGCGUCCUCAAUCGUCCUCCAAGACCUCCAAGUCCUCCUUGAUCGCCCCGUCCCAACCACAAAAGAAACACAGGGUGUCACUCUACUACACCAAAUACAAGCCAAGCUCGUCCACGGCAGUGCCCGAUGCUGUGAUGAUAGAGGAGAACCACGAAGACCUCAUCCCAGAUCCUCCUCUGACCCCAGACCCUGACGUCUGCAACAACAACAACGAACCAGCUUUCAUCAGUAUGCAGGAUAAAAAGUCGCCCGUAGACUUUAAGGAAGACCCCAUAAGCACUAUAGAAGAUGGAAUGCCAGCAGCAGUUACGUUUCCCAUGGAAAUUCCUGCUGGUUUCCCAGACAACCUCAUAGUGGGUCCAGGACCGAUGCCCGGCCUGCUGACGUGCAGUCCCGUGGAGAAGAGCUGCACCGAGCUCUCUGCAGAGAAGAUCGGCUCCGAGAAAAGUGACCGAUCUGAAAUGGAGCUGAGAGAAGAUUCCAAAGGCCAGAAAAAGAAAGCCCAGUGCGCAGAGACUGGCACUGCAUCAGGAACUAAUAAGGGAAAGAGGAGUCGCAGGAAGGCAGAAAAUGUCACCAGCGCUCCCGUGCACAACGUGGCCGUGAUACCUGAACAGGAGAAAGAAGCCGAUUGGAAAACUGGAGACCGCAGCCUCGGUGGACCCCGCAACAGGAACCGCUGCAGCAACGGCUCCAAGUCAGAAGCACCGAAGCCCGGGCCGAGUGUCGAGAGCCACCAGAAACAGAACGGUGUGUGUCCCGUUCGUCCUCGGCGGAAGUGCAUGACGGAGCGGCGCGGUGGUGCGGUGUGCGAGUCGGGCUCGGACUCCGGCAGCUCGUCGGGCAGCGUGCGGGCCAGCCGGGGCAGCUGGGGCAGCUGGAGCAGCGCCAGCAGCGUGGAGGGAGACCGAGACCCCAACGGCCGAACACACGCCUGCACGAACUCAUCCAGAAAAAGGGACUCUUUGCAGUACGGCGUCUACCCAUCAGAGAGAGACUGCUACCAGACCGUGAAUACAAACUACAAGGCGCUCGGCAGGAACAGUUUGUACCGUAAAGACAUGUGCCAAAGCCCCGACCCCCCAGCGUCCAGCUUCGCCCAGAGUUUUGCUGCUGCUGUUGCUGCAGGAGGAGACCGGAACGCGGACCUGGCGGGUCACUAUUUGCCUGAGGAGACGUGGGCCGCUCCGUCCAUCCCCCUCACCAACCAGUUCAGAUACAACGCCUCCGAAGCGCUGCCGUACGCCCCUCAGCCGGCCACCACCGCCUCCUACAACGGGUUUACUUGGACUAGUGCCAACACCCAUUGCAACGGUCCCUACACCUACGGCGAGGGAAACAGCUACAUAGGUAACGGCACAUUUCCGAGCGUCUUCCCCGGCCAGGAGGCCCAGAACGCUCGCAGCAGUCAGACCAGCUGGAGCGAGGAGCAGCCUCAGGAAUCGACCUCGGCCUGGGACACGGCGGCCUGCGUGGGCAGCAAGCCAUACUUCUCUGGGACCCGCAGCCUGUCCCCCAUGUCCAGCCUGUUCGGAUCCAUCUGGACGCCGCAGAGCCACUUCCAGCCCGAGCGGUCGGCCCCGUUGUCCCCCGUGUCCCCCAUCACUCCGCCUCGCUCUCCCUUCGCCCGGGGGCCGGAGGGGACGUGCGCUCCGAUCCAGUACUCCAGCUUCAACCCCUUCGGCCCCCACAUGAACCUGGACAUAUGGAACUCUUCCUCCAACCGCAGCUCCAACUCGCAGCUGUCCAACGACUCCGGCUACUGCGGAGACGUUUAAAAGUUUAAAGAUUACGAAGCGGCCGACCUUAACGAUAAUUGCAAACAUAUGAAAAAAAAAUUGAUAUGUAAAAGAAAGGAAAUAAAAAUGAAUGUUCUUUUAUCAUUGAUGGGGAAAAUGUGAAUAUUCCUUCUUUUAUGUUCCCAUUUUCAAAUGUUAAAUGUUGUGGAAGGUUCAGCAUUUGUUGUAUAUUUUUCUAGAUGUUUUGCAGUUUUGAUCAUAGAAAAUAAAAAAAAAAAGGUUUUGUACUUUAA